ACCAUGACCUGCGGAUCAGGCUUCCCUGGCCGCGCCUUCAGCUGCGCCUCGGCCUGCGGGCCCCAGCCCGGCCGCUGCUGCAUCACCGCCGCCCCCUACCGCGGCAUCUCCUGCUACCGCGGCCUCCCGGGCAACUUUGGCAGCCACAGCGUCUGCGGGGGCUUCCGCGCAGGCUCCUGCGGGCGCAGCUUCGGAUACCGCUCCGGGGGCGUGUGCGGGCCCAGCCCCCCCUGCAUCACCACCGUGUCGGUCAACGAGACCCUCCUCACGCCCCUCAACCUGGAGAUCGACCCCAACGCGCAGUGCGUCAAGCACGAGGAGAAGGAGCAGAUCAAGUGCCUCAACAGCAGGUUCGCAGCCUUCAUCGACAAGGUGCGCUUCCUGGAGCAGCAGAACAAGCUGCUGGAGACCAAGUGGCAGUUCUACCAGAACCGCGAGUGCUGCGAGAGCAACCUGGAGCCCCUGUUCGAGGGCUACAUCGAGACGCUGAGGCGGGAGGCCGAGUGCGUGGAGGCCGACAGCGGGAGGCUGUCGUCAGAGCUCAACCACGUGCAGGAGGUGCUGGAGGGCUACAAGAAGAGGUAUGAGGAGGAAGUGUCCCUGAGAGCAACAGCUGAAAAUGAGUUUGUGGCCCUGAAGAAGGACGUGGACUGCGCCUACCUCCGCAAGUCAGACCUGGAGGCCAACGUGGAGGCCCUGACCGAGGAGAUCGACUUCCUGAGGCGACUGUAUGAGGAGGAGAUCCGCGUCCUCAACGCCCACAUCUCAGACACCUCGGUGGUUGUCAAGAUGGACAACAGCCGGGACCUGAACAUGGACUGUGUCAUUGCCGAGAUUAAGGCUCAGUACGAUGACAUUGCCAGCCGCAGCCGGGCAGAGGCCGAGUCCUGGUACCGCAGCAAGUGCGAGGAGAUGAAGGCCACGGUGAUCAGGCACGGGGAGACCCUGCGCCGCACCAAGGAGGAGAUCAACGAGCUGAACCGCAUGGUCCAGAGGCUGACGGCCGAGGUGGAGAACGCCAAGUGCCAGAACUCCAAGCUGGAGGCUGCCGUGACCCAGUCUGAGCAGCAGGGCGAGGCUGCCCUGAGCGUCGCGCGCUGCAAGCUGGCUGAGCUGGAGGCCGCCCUGCAGAAGGCCAAGCAGGACAUGGCCUGCCUGCUCAAGGAGUACCAGGAGGUGAUGAACUCCAAGCUGGGCCUGGACAUCGAGAUCGCCACCUACAGGCGCCUGCUGGAGGGCGAGGAGCAGAGGUUGUGUGAAGGCGUUAGUGCUGUGAAUGUCUGUGUCAGCAGCUCCCGGGGCGGGGUUGUGUGCGGGGACCUCUGCGUGUCGAGCUCCCGGCCUGUGACCAGCAGCGUCUGCAGCGCCCCGUGCGUGCACCGGGAACCUGGCGGUGAGCACCGGGCUGUGCGCGCCCUGCGGCCAGAGCUGCGGCAGCGGGCCGCUCCAUGGGCUUCAAGUAGCGCCACCACUGUGUAAAGACGCCCUUUCGAGCUGUCCCCCACGAGAGAGGAAGGGCUCCGGGAACCAGCUGCCCGGCCCGCCCGAGCCACUGCUGCGAGCCUUUACCGUC